CGGAGUUUCAUUCAGCAUUUUGAGAGUUUUCACUAGAUUGCCAUUGGUUAGCGCUAAUCUUCUGGGUGUGCAGUCCAGCAGUUCUGCAAGCUGGUGCUCUUCCACAUCCAGCGCUCAUUUGUGGACGAUCUUUGCAAAGUGACAAGGGAAUUGCAGCAUCGACCAAGGCGACCUGCAGGCUGCAGCUUGAAGAGAACACUUAGAUCAAACAAGGGUGCCCUGUUGACAAGGAGGGAUUUUUCUGAAUCUUCGUAGUAGCAGAGAUUCUGGUGGCACGCAGCGAUGGCAGACCAUGAGGAGGAUGACAAGAAAAACCCCAAGGCGCUUGAUGAGGAAGACAUCAACGUUUUGAAGAGAUAUAACACCGGCUCGUAUGCCAACGCAAUCAAGCAAGCGGAGAAGGAUAUCAAGGACAAGGCAAAAAAGAUCAAUGACCUUUGUGGAAUCAAGGAAUCAGACACGGGGCUUGCAGCACCCAGCCAAUGGGAUCUGGUCUCUGACAAGCAGGCGAUGCAAGAGGAGCAGCCUUUGCAGGUCGCCCGCUGCACAAAGAUCAUCAAUCCCGGGACUGACGAAGCCAAGUAUGUGAUCAAUGUCAAGCAGAUCGCAAAGUUCGUGGUGGGGCUUGGUGACAAGGUGUCACCAACGGACAUUGAAGAAGGCAUGCGCGUCGGGGUUGACCGCACCAAGUACCAGAUUCAGAUCCCGCUCCCUCCCAAGAUCGACCCGAGCGUGACCAUGAUGACGGUCGAGGAGAAGCCUGACGUCACGUACAGCGACAUUGGGGGGUCCAAGGAGCAGAUUGAGAAGAUGCGGGAGGUUGUCGAGCUGCCGAUGCUGCACCCCGAGAAGUUCGUCAAGCUCGGAAUCGACCCCCCCAAGGGCGUGCUCAUGUACGGGCCCCCCGGAACGGGGAAGACGCUGCUCGCGAGGGCGGUGGCCAACCGUACAGACGCGUGCUUCAUCCGAGUGAUUGGCAGCGAGCUGGUCCAGAAGUACGUGGGCGAGGGCGCGCGCAUGGUGCGCGAGCUGUUCCAGAUGGCGCGCUCCAAGAAGGCGUGCAUCGUCUUCUUCGACGAGGUGGACGCGAUCGGGGGCGCGCGCUUCGACGACGGCAGCGGCGGCGACAACGAGGUGCAGCGCACGAUGCUCGAGAUCGUCAACCAGCUGGACGGCUUCGACGCGCGGGGCAACAUCAAGGUCCUCAUGGCCACCAAUAGGCCUGACACGCUAGACCCCGCCCUCCUUCGACCUGGUAGACUGGACCGGAAGGUAGAGUUUGGAUUGCCAGACCUGGAGAGCCGCACGCAAAUCUUCAAGAUCCACUCUAGGACCAUGAACUGCGAGCGGGACAUCCGGUUUGAGCUCCUGGCUCGCCUGUGCCCGAACAGCACGGGAGCCGACAUCAGGAGUGUUUGCACGGAAGCGGGCAUGUAUGCAAUCAGAGCGAGGCGGAAAACGGUCAGCGAAAAGGACUUCCUAGAGGCUGUAAACAAGGUCAUCAAGGGGUACCAAAAGUUCAGCGCCACGCCAAAGUACAUGGUGUACAACUAGGACGAAGAUUGUGGGGAAAAUCAGCUUGGAAAGCGCGCUCAAUUUCGUGCUCUGCCACUCAUAUUCCCUGCGCUGCGUGCAACAUGGUUGUUGCUGCCUGGAGUCUCAGCUGUAGUCUGCAUUGUUUAAGCAUCACCAUGCGAUGAGCCAGUAUUGAGGAGAA